UGUGCUCUCACUCAGUCCUGUCUGCUCCCCAAAGCACUCAGAUGGACUAGCCACGAUAUUUUUUUUUUUCUUUAUCUGGAAACGGGACGAUCCCAUUUAGGAAUAACAUAGCCAGAGUUACUUCGAUGCACUCAAGACUCUGCAGGGUGGAGGAAUUUUUGAUUGCGGUCCGUGGCAGUGCAUCAUGGGUAGGCCGGAGGGGUCCACCAUGACGCUCUCCCUCCUGGCUCUAUUCUGUCUGUUGUCUGGGGGGGUCGGCCUCCUACAGCCUCAGCCCAGGGUCUUCCUUUCCUUUGAAGACCUCCAGACGUCAGACUCAUUUGAACACUACAGUGUUUCGGACAAGGCCAUGGACUACAGGAUUCUGCACAUGGAUGAGGACCAGGACCGCAUGUAUGUGGGCUGCAAAGACCAUGUUCUGUCUAUGGACAUUAAUAACAUCACCAGUGGCACGCUCAAGGUGUUUUGGCCCGCGUCAAAUAGUAAAAUAGAAGAAUGCCAAAUGGCAGGAAAAGACCCCACGCACGGCUGUGGGAACUUCAUCCGUGUGGUGCAACCAUAUAACCGCACUCAUAUGUUCAUGUGUGGUAGUGGGGCCUACAGUCCAGUCUGUGUCUACAUCAACAGGGGCCGGAGACCAGAGGAACAAGUAUUUCACAUCGACUCCAAGAGUGAAUCGGGAAAAGGGAGGUGCUCUUUCAACCCUCAAGUCAACACCGUUUCCGUCAUGCUCAAUCAGGAGCUGUUCUCUGGGAUGUACAUUGACUUCAUGGGAACAGAUGCUGCCAUCUUUAGGAGCCUCACCAAAAGAAACGCAGUGCGGACAGACCAGCAUAACUCCAAGUGGCUCAGCGAGCCAAUCUUUAUCGACGCUCACCUGAUACCAGACGGGACAGACCCCAAUGACGCUAAGCUGUAUUUCUUCUUCAGAGAGAGGCUCACAGACAACAGCGGCAACACCAAGAACAUCCACACCAUGGUAGCCCGAGUGUGUCCAAAUGACAUUGGCGGCCAGCGGAGUCUGGUGAACAAAUGGACGACGUUCCUCAAGGCGCGGAUGGUGUGUUCUGUUCUGGAGGAGGACGGCACCGAGACACACUUUGAUGAACUGGAAAGCGUGUUUUUACUGGAGACUGAUCAACCAAAAGGUCUUCUGGUUUUUGGAGUCUUCACGUCGACAAGCUCGGUGUUCAAAGGCUCGGCGGUGUGUAUGUACAACAUGGCAGACAUCCUCACUGUGUUCAAUGGGCCGUUUGCUCACAGAGAUGGACCCAACUUCCAGUGGGUGGCCUUCCAGGGACGCAUCCCCUAUCCCAGACCUGGCACUUGUCCAGGAGGAGCUUUCACCCCUGACAUCCAAACAACCAAAGAGUUUCCUGAUGAUGUAGUGACCUUUGUAAGAAACCACCCAGUUAUGUUCAACCCAAUCUACCCCGUGGGAAGGCGCCCCCUAGUGGUGCGCACCGGAGCUGACUACAAAUACACAGCUGUAGUGGUGGAUCAGGUCGCUGCUGCAGAUGGGAACUAUCAAGUGUUAUUCCUGGGCACAGACAAAGGCACCAUCCAGAAGGUGAUUGUCCUGCCCACAAACCAGUCCCUUCAAGAGGACCUGAUCCUGGAGGAGCUGGAAGUAUUUAAGAACCAAGCUCCGGUGACAAACUUGAGAAUCUCCUCUAAAAAGCAACAGCUUUACGUCAGCUCAGAGUUUGGAGUCUCUCAGGUCUCACUGCACAGAUGUCAGGCGUAUGGAGAGGCCUGCGCAGACUGCUGCCUGGCCCGGGACCCCUACUGUGCCUGGGAUGGUCUGAGCUGCUCGCGCUUUUACCCGACUGGAAAGAGGAGAAGCAGAAGGCAAGAUAUUAUUCAUGGAAACCCACUAACCCAGUGCAGAGGAUUCAAUCUGAAAGCCUACAGGAACGCCGUGGAGAUGAUGCAGUACGGUGUGAAAAACAACACCACCUUUCUGGAGUGCAUCCCCAAGUCUCCUCAGGCCUCCAUCCGCUGGCUCAUACAGAGGGACAAUGAUCGCAGGAAAGAGGUGAAGCUGAGUGACCGCGUCGUGUCCACCGAGCACGGCCUCCUGAUCCGCUCCGUGCAGCUUUCUGACCAGGGCCUGUACUACUGCCUCACCACAGAGAACAACUUCAAACGCACGGUCGCUAAGCUCCGCCUCCGGGUGCUGAGCGAGGCUAUGGUGAGUCUGCUGACCGACAAGCAGCAGUCUCCCUGGGCCUGGGCGAGCUCGGUGCACCCUAAGGCCCUCCUGUCAGCGUUCAGCCCGGCAGAGAGCAUGGCAGUGCAGCAGUUCUGUAAGGAGAGGAGAGACCAGAGAAACCUCCAGCAAAAGCAGCAGCCGCACCCCCCGCACCUUGGACCGCUGAGGGGGGACCUGGCCAAACUCAAGCCUCUACUGGACCGAAGGAAGAGCCGUAACCGACGUUUUGACUUACCAGAAGACUGACAAACUCUUUCUUAUCUUGGACUGCAAUGCAAAAGGAUGUACUGUGCGCUAUAGAGCAACUUGGUUUAGUAACAGCUGAAUGAAUGCAUGAACUUUGACCAGAUAACUGUGACACAUACUCCAGCCACAGAAAGUUUUGAUAUUGUGGAAAUGUAAGAUUGUUUCUGUUUAGUGCAAACUGAAAAAAAACAACAACAUUUAGUAGACAUUAAGUUAAAUAUUUGGAGGAUUCGUUUUAUUGAAUUAAUGGAAACUGACAUUGAAAACUAAAAGACAAAUUCAGCAUGUGUUAUAUUUUAUGAUAUAUACCGAUACUGCGUUAUAAUCCUCAAAUCCUUUAAAAGAAGCCCUGAAAUAUUUCUUAUGUAGUAUAUUGUUACACUUCAACUUCACCAGAAUCACUGAAAAAUUACAUUUCUGUGACGUUUGUUUUGUUUUUUUAUCAAUUGACAUGAGACCGAACAACACAGCAUCACAACGGUGCAGCUACGACCUUGAAAAUCCACUUCAAUUAAAUGAUAUCACUGCUUAGGAAAAGAAAAAUAUCACACCGAGUAGGUAGCUGAAUGUAUAAAUCCUCUUCUCCUCCAGCAUCUAUUUGAAUAAGUCAUUGUUGUCUCUUUGAACUAACUCCAAAACGCUGUCAAAAUGUGAAAUUCAGUUCCCGGGAAGUGUUUUGUUAAUCGUUUGCGGUUUAAAGGUCGAACUAGACUCAAAUUCAAAUGCAAGAUAAAUACAGUCCCUCAAUGGAAAGCAGCUGCCUGUUGUACAACCUUAUGUUAUAGAACGUUGUCAUCGGGAAACUCGGUUAUCAGCAGGAGUUAUGAAAUGAAACAUAUGCAUUUUUAUUUUGUUAGUGUAAUGUAGAGUAGAAUCUCGACAUACUAGUGUUAACUGUGGAUUGACAUGUUCCACUUUGUGUAGCGCUCACGGGUCUGUCCUGUUUACUCAGUAGAUGACAUGAACAUUAGAUGGAUGUGAAUAGACAUGUUACUUAAUGUAGAUAGCGUCAUGCCUGUACAGUUGUGCUUUUAAUUUAACGUGUUUUGUACAAAUGUGUCUUUGUUGUGUACAUAGUGUUACUAACUCUGACUGUCUCUGCAAAAGGCGGAGCUGUAGUUUUUACUUCAUACUGUCAUUACUUUAGUAUGUGGCACUGUCCUCCAUGUAAAGUUAGUGUAAUGGUACUUGCAUAUCUAUUUAUUAAUAUUAUCAAAAUAAACGUGUACAUUUA